UCAUGGAUGACCAAGAACAUUCGCAAGGAAAAGAAGGUCGCCCUCAUCCUACACACAGACGUGCGAGCUAGCUCCAUCCCUGUCACCUCGGCGGAAGGCUACGAAUUUCUCUGCAGCUACAGCUGGAAGCAAUUCGUCGUAUCGACUAUCUACGUCCCUGGCACUCCUCCUAGGUGGAACCCUCCGCUACUGCCAAUACAGUUGAUGAAAGAUAAGGGUGCACAUUGGGUCGACCAGCAUGGCGAUAAAGUACCAAGGUUCCAAUUCGAGCCGGUCUUCCAGGCUCUGGCCAUAAUGAAUCCCAACGUCAGGUUUGACGAUGUAGAUAUCGUGGUGAACAGGAACACUCUACAGAAACUAUACAGCUUUGCGUCCUUCAAGAGAAGUUACAAGCAGUUCUACAUCGAUUUGGACAUGGUUGGAAAGACGCUUUUCAUCGGUCGCAGGGAGCGAAACGCAUCGACGACGUCGCCAUCCGGUUAUGGGCGAAACUUUGAAAACAAGUUCACUUCCGUGGACCCCAGUUUGGUCGACGCAGACGGGCACCAUCGUGUCGUCCGAUACAAACUUGGAGCUCUCAAUGCUGUUGUCAGGAUGGAAGUUGAUGGCUACUAUGAAGUGCCAGCAGCGCCAAACGAUUCGAGUGAGUUGAAUGAGUCGAGUAGCAAAGCGCCGAACGAGUUCUUUCUCAACCUCCUCGGAACAAUGGAGCCUGCGAACGCCGCCAUCGUACAUCACAAUCCGCAACACACGGCUGUCAUUCGUGGAGGCAUGUUGGUCCCACACAACCAAACCUUAGAGCUCAAAUCAAAC